AAAGACACGUAUAUGACUAGAAUUCAUUUUGCAAAUAAAAUCGUUCUCGCGAACAUAAAAUCGUUAUUUAAACUUCGUAGAGGGUAAUUGAUGCGGGGAUGUCCACAGAAAGCGAGGAUCGCGUAUUACCACCGCCAGAACUCGACUGGAUACUUCCAGAAAAGAAGGAAAUUGGAUCGGAACGUUACGAAUGGUUGAGUGAUGAGAUUCAAUCGCGGCUUCCUAUUGACAUUCUGUUAGUUACUGCAACAGACCACGAAUUCAACAGUUGCUACUCGUUUUUGAGACUGAAACCUAUUCGUCGAAGUUGGUGCCCUGACAUGGGAUUGGGAUUUGUGGAUUUCGGUGAAUUCGAUUAUGGAAAUCCGCGAAAUACGAAUGUGACCGUGGCGCUGAUGCGAUGCGAAGCCGGACCGCUACCGGCUGUGAUUGUUGUCAAAAAUGCUACCGAAGUUUUGAAACCCAAAGCUGUGCUUUUCGUCGGAGUGUGUGCCGCCCUCGACCGGGAGAAGGCAAAACUCGGCGACGUGAUAAUUUCGGCGAAAUUGGCGAAUCACGCGUUUAAGAAAGUCAAGGACGACGGCAAAUACGAGCAUCGUGGUUUCAAAGAGAACGUCAGCAGGAAUAUGGCAAAGCUUAUUCUGUCUGCAGACCAUGGUUGGGAGCCACCUAUUAAAAAUAAAAGUGGUUUUCAUCCCAAAGUAAAUAAGAAAGCUGUAAUGUUGAGUGGUCCUGAGUUGAUUGACUACGACAAAAGACGGUUACAAUUGCUGGAAGAUUUUCCAGACGCUGAUGGUCUCGAAAUGGAGGGUGAAGGUUUGUUUGCAGCGGCAUAUGAUCUUGGUAUAGAGUGGGCUGUUAUAAAAGGUGUGUCAGAUUUUGCAGAUGGGAGUAAAAGAGCUACAGAAGAUUGGCAACCAUUUUCCAGCGCAAUGGCUGCGUCUCUGGUUUACAACAUGUUCAAGUCCCCUGAUGUGACAAGAUAUUGGCCGCAUUAUCAAAAGACAGAAGUAGCUGUCACUCGGACAUCGCUCUCAUUCCGUAUGCUUUCUGGCUUUCUUCUCGUAUUGAUAAUUGGCCUACUUGCUUGUUACGUGUCAUUUUGGAGGCCAUUGCCAGAUUUUCCUGAAAGGGCUGUCACUCCGACACCUCUCUCAAUCCGUAUGGUUGCUGGCUGUCUUCUCGCAUUGAUAAUUGGUUUACUCGUUUUGUAUGUGUUCAGUCCGAUGCCGCCGCCACAUAUUCCUGAAAAGAUUACAUCGCCGCCUGUUCCGACAAAUCCACCGUUUACCCCUAUUGAACAAUUUCUUAGGGGCAUUGCUGGUACAAAGGAAGGAAGAAGAGAAUAUAAUGGUCGCAUGAUCGAGUACUCAGUUUCAGGAAGAGUUUUUUCAUUUAAAGAACCUUGGGUGUACGAUGGGACAGCAAAAGAUGUUGAAUCUGGUGUAUUUGCAAAGAAGAAGCAUUUUAAACAUGCAGACGAAGCUAUUAAUGCAGCAAUUGAAGAAUUAGUCAAAAAGCUUAAGGAACGCAAGAUCUUGCAAGAUCAAUCAACAUAAGAAAGUCAAUCGAAAAUUUUUUAUGCUUCACAUUCGACUUUCAAACUCGUCCCGACUUUUACAAUUUAAUUACAAGCUGAGUAUAAAUGCAACUGUUUCCCAUCAACCUUAAUUAAGUUAAAAGUCUAUAAUGCAGGUAACUAUUAUUAGGCUACAGGUAACUGUGUUAUGAUUUUAUUAGCUACGAUAUUUUAUUUUUUUUUAAAUGACAGUCCAUGUAAUUGUCCAUUUUCAUGGCAGCAUUUGACACCGAUUUGUUCAAUGGAAAUUCUUGUUGCAUGUUUUAUGACUGAUGUAAACUCAUGCUUGCCUCAAGAGGCUAAAGCGGACUAUACUCGAAAAGGACUGUCGAGGUGAAGUUCGAAAAGAUUGUUAAACACCCAGCAAUGGUAACUUGUGCAAAAUAAGGCCACCGGAACCAGGGCAGGGAAUCUUAACCUUUUUACCAAGGUUUAUCGGUCAUUUUAAUAUCAAUUGCUUUAUUUCUAGUACUGUAUGUCUGUAUUAUAAUAUUCCUUUCACUUUUUGGCUAGUUUUUGAUGAUUCAUUUGUACUGAAUAGUACUGUACUAUUAUUACUGAGUUAGAUCUGGGAUUUAUUAUUUAGAC